AUGUCUGAGAACUCUUCAAUUUCUUCAAAGAAGAAAGGGAAGAGACGUCAUCACCACAAAAAUACUGAAUCAGAUACUCAAAAUUCUAACGAGAUUGAAUCAUCUACGCAGAAAGAUUUCCUUAAAGCACAAUGGAUUAGUUUUAUGUCCAGAAUCGUAUUGAAAACCAAAAUAAACAAUAUGAAAUCGCUGCAAUUCUAUGAUUACUCGACUAGAACGUUCGCAAAUUUCAAAAUGUCUAUUUAUUUUAAUAAAAUGAAACGGAAAUACAAAUGGCACAAAUUAGCAACAGAUUUAGUACAUAAUAAUUGCAUUAAAACAAUUAGAUCAAUCGAAUAUACAUCACCAGAGAAAAAUUGGCCAAUUUUGUUACAAUCGGCUGUAAAUUAUAUUCACAAUACGCAAAUAGCUUCAGCUUUCAGUGAAAGGAACGAAAAUCGAAAAUUACGACUGAUUUUGAAAAAUUGGAAGCUCGUGACAAUAAAACUGAGAUUUACAAGGAGCUUCGCCAUGGACAGAUGGGUAGAGUUUGUUGAGCGAAAAAUGAAAGCAUAUAAACAGAAGAUGAAACAAAACGCUUUGAUUUCUUACAAUAUCUAUCAAAAAUGGCAACAAUUCAACUCACAUCUCGUUUUAAAAGAUACUCACGAUACAUUAGUUAUCUACAAGCGUAAAUACGAUACAAAAAUCGCAUUUGAUAGAUUUGCUUUUAGAGUUCAUGAAGCUCACAAGCGAGAAGUAUUUAGAGCUGGAAAAAGAUGGCUAGAAAAACGAAAAUGGUGGUGCAAAAUUGCUGUUAGAGUAUUAACACUAAAUUCAAUUCAAAACUGCAGAGUAUUAAAACAUAGAGACGAAGUUUUAGAAAAAUUCAAAGCUCUGAAGGAGUCUUUAGUGGUUUCUCGUAGAAGAAAAGCUUUAAUUAACGCUCGUACGAAACUUGAUAAUAUAAUCAAGAAUGAAACCAGAAAAAUGUACUUAAGAAAGUGGAAUGAGAGAAUGCAUAUUGUAAAGUAUUCAAAGUUAUUCGUUAAAUCUCAUUUCAACGGAAUUCUUAGAGAUUAUUCGAAGCAUAUACAAAAUGAAGCUGCAAAGAAGAUCCAGCAUACUUUUCUCGAUUUCCAACAUAGAAUGCGUGAAAAUGUUCUUAUUGUUCGCAAAGCAUUUCUCAAAUGGCAAGGAAUUUCUUCGAAAUUGGCGUUACAGACUCUUGAAGUUGUUCCAGAAAUGGAUUUGAGACUCAAAUCACCAAUAAUUGAUACACUUGAUAUAUUCAAACCACAAUUAUCCAUUGGUUUAGAUGUCUUUGAUGAUUUGAUUAAUAUGAAAUACGAAAACAACAUGAUAUUGGCAGACAAAGUUGGUCUUGAUGCAAGAGAAAUGAUUGAUGAUGUAUUGUUCAUUCCAAGAAAGUAUCCUUUUCUUCCAAAUAUUGAUAAUUUUGAAAAUGUUGAAAUUCCUCUCGAUACAACAAGUUAUGAUAUCGAAUUUGACUUCUCAGAUCUUGUCUGCCCACUUCUUAACGUGGAUCCAUUAAUUAGACGAGGAAACAGACCAGAGAUUCCUAUCAGUGAACAAUUCUUGAACAAAUGCACACAACAAACUCGCACAAGAAAGCUUUCACUUGAUGAAUUAUUUGAUAACGAGGUAAAUCCAAUUGAGUCAUUGGCUCAAACUAAAUUACCAAAGGUAAUUAAAUGCAUGACUUUCGAUCCAACAGAUUUAUUAGAAAAACAACCAGAACCACGGUUCGCACCAAUAUCAAAUUACAUAAGCGAUGCUUUAAUUCCAUUGCAAGCUGCAAGAUUUAACAUUAUUUUCCAGUUAAAUAAUAAUUCAUAUAAUAUCCUUGAUAAUAGCUUUGAAAAUGCCAUUAUUAAUAUCGUCAGACAUCACUUUGUGUUCAAAUUUGAUGUUUUGCAAAUUGAUAUGGAAUUAUUCAACACAAAUGUAUUGGAUUCGAUUGCAUUUUCUACAUCACUUACAGAAACAAUCAGACAGGCAACAAUAAAUUCAAUUAAUUCCAAUUUGCAAGAUUUGUCUGAAAUUACUAAAAUUGCAAAGCCAUUGCCUCAUAUUGAGUUCUCAUUUACAGAUGGAUUCGAUGGAAAACCAGUUUCAAUGCGCGUUAGAGAUGUCGAAGUUGAUCCAUCUUUCGGAGAAGAAUUAAGAAUUUCAGCUUUACGAGAAUCACUUCGUGCUGCUACCGGACAUAUCUCUGGAAUCGAUAUUAGGAAGGUUGAUCCUAUUAUAACAACCAAUUUCCCUACAAACUUCUGUGAAAAUGUUUUUAAUGAAUUUAAUCUUGGCCAAAAACUGUUUGAUUUUGAUCUUCCAUUCGAAAUUCCAGAAGACAUUCCAUCAGAUGACCCAGAUAAACUCGAAGAAGAGGAAGAAACCGUUUCUAAAGACCAAACAAUUGAUGAUUCUAAACAAGAUACAAUUGAUGACAUAAAUAUUUCAAUAAGAGGAGCAAAUAUUUCCCAGAAUUCAACACUUGAUCCAUCAUCUAUUAGUAAUUUAGAAGAAGAGGACGUUGAUUCACCAAAACGAACAAAGAUUCCAAUUAUUAGUUUUAUAACUAAUGUUCAGAAAGCUAAUUUAUUAUCAGAUGGUGAAGAAACUAAGACAAAUACAAGUAGUUAUGAUGAUGACUUCAAAUCUCAUGGAUCAUCAAUUAUUUAUGACAUCAAAGAUGAAUUGUUUGAUCAAAAACGAGAUCCAAAUGUUCCUGUUGCAGAAGAUCUUGAUAUGCAAUGGAUAUUAAAUGGAAUUGAUUUAUCAUUAACUGCUGAAGUAAUUGCUCGAGCGAAUCAUGCAGUUUCUAAGACAAUUGGAUCAUUAUUCUUCCCAAGUGUUGAAGAAGAAGACUUAAGUUUAUCAGAUCCUGAUUUCCAUUUCGAAGAAGAAUCAGAGAAUGAUGAUAUUUCAUUCCCGCCAAUAAUGAAAUCAUUGCCUAAAUUUGAUAGUGCGAUUCUUAAUCCAGAAGAAUCAAUUAACGAUACAACAACAUCUGAUCCAACAAUUACAAAUACAGAUGAUCAUACAACAAGUGACAGUACAAUUGCUAAUAUCAAUAUACCAACAACAGGACCAGAUUCUAGACCACAAAUUUCAAAGGAACCAGAAAAUCAACAACCAACAAAUAUCGAACUUCCUCCAAUCACUGUUUUCACUCCUCCUUCAAGUCCAUUACCAGAAGACCUUCCAUCGCCACCUCCAUUGCAAAAACCAGAUCCUAUUCCAGUAUUACCACCUAAUAUCUCUGAUAGUUACAGCGACAAAACAAUUGAAAACAUCAAACAAGAAGAAGAAGAAGAGGAAGAAGGAAAAAUCGAAAACAAAGUUGAAGAAAAAAUCAAGGAGGAGGAAGAAGAAAAACCGGAAGCUAAACCCGUUGAUGUUAAAGUUGAAGAGGAAGAAGAAGAGAUACAUGAAGACAAGAAUGAAGAGGAAGAAGAGGAUAUUGAUUUCGAUCAAUUCAUAUUAAAUGAUCUAACCAAUGUUUUGAUGGAAUCAAUGAAACUUGCAUUUCCACAAAACCAAGAAAAUGAAAAACCAAAACAAAAGAAGGAAGUUAUUCCAGAAGAAGAGAUCAAUGAAGAGGAAGAAGAUGAAAUGAGACAGUUGUUGAUUGAUGCUAUUGAUUUUGAUGAUUUAAUCAAUACAGUUGCAAGAAAUUACAAAGAAGAAAUUAAUGAAGAAGAAGAAGAAGAGAAUGUUCCAAAUUCUGAAAUGUUAUUGAAAGAGAUGAAUUUAGAUGGAGUGAUCAUUGAUGCAUUUGGAAAAGCAUUCGAUUUAGGUGUUGAUUAUGAAGAAGAAGAGGAUUAUGAUGAAGAUAAUGUUCCAAAUACAACAGAACUCGAACCAUUCAUUGAAGAAGAUUCUGAAGAGGAAGAUGAUACUCCAUUCGGACCACCACCAAAAACUCAUGCAAGUAGUAGCACUGAUAUAGAUAUAUCUAUAGCAGAUUCUUACGAUAAUAAUUCAAAUGAUAAUAAUCUCAAAGAUAUGCUCUCAAAAGCCUUGAAUGAUGCUAUCACCGAGGCAACAAGCGAUUAUGUUUACAGAUAUAGAGAUGUUUUUUCUCAAAAGAAAUAA